AUGGGAAAAGCUUCCACAACUACUGAGGCGAAGACACUGGUAUUAGUUGGACGCACUGGGAAUGGAAAAAGUGCAACAGCAAAUAGUAUUCUUGGAAGAAAAGCCUUCAAGUCAAGGUUAAGCUCCACUGGUGUAACAAGUGUCUGUGAAAUGAAAACAACUGCCAUAAAAGAUGGACCAAUUGUUAAUGUUAUUGAUACUCCAGGACUAUUUGAUGGAACUAAUUCUGCUGGAAAGGAAAUAGUGAAAUGUAUUGAUAUGGCGAAAGAUGGAAUUCAUGGCAUCAUUUUGGUGUUCUCUAUUAAAACACGAUUUACUGAAGAAGAACAAGCCACUUUUCUUACCUUACAAGCUUUAUUUGGACAUAAAAUUGUUGACUACAUGCUUGUGGUGUUCACUGGAGGGGAUGAAUUAGAAGCUGAUGAAGAGACACUUGAUGGUUACUUAGGUUCCAACUGUCCACAACCUCUUCAGGAUAUCCUGACCUUAUGUGGGAAUCGUAAAGUACUUUUUAACAACAGAAUUAAGGACGAAAAUAAGCGAUUGGAACAAGUUCAAGAACUUCUGAAUCUUGUGGACGCGAUUAUGUCACAUAAUGGUGGACAACCUUUUACAAAUGAGUUGUUUAUGCAAUUGAAGGAGAAAGCAAGAACUAGGGAUAACAAUAACAAAUUGGUUGACUCCAUGGAAGGAUUUUCAAAAGCAGAAACGUUUGGAAUUAAAAUGCAGCUGCAAAAAAAAUAUGAAGAUGAACUUAAACGAAUGACUGAUAUGGUUGAAUCAAAGCUGAAGGAAGAAAGUGCGAAUCUUUUGAAAAAGUUGGAACAAGAGAGGGUUGCUAGACUUAAAGCUGAAGAAAAUUAUAGAUCAAUCCAAACUACAUCAAAUAAUGAAAUUCAGAAACUGAAACGGGAUCUUGAAGAGGCAAAUAGAAGAACCUCAAUAACAAGGACCACGAAGAAGACCUGUGCCAUUCUCUGA